AUGCAAAAUAAGAUUCCAGAUAAUACCAAUCCCACUUCUAAUUUAAAUCAAAAUCUUAAUUUCAUACCCAAUCAGUAGGCCAACUCCUAAAUCUACAUGCAGGGUGUCACGUAAAAUAGCAAUGCUUUUUAUCAACCACAGCAAUAAUAGCUCUAAAUGAUAAAUUAGCAAUAUCAAGAUAUGAGCAGACUUGGUAGCGCAUCUUUUGUUCCAAAUAUGUCACAUAACUAAUCAUAGUAUUAGCCGGGGACCUAGUAUAAUAACUACUAAUUCCAAAUCAAUGCACCUUCACAAAACCUAGGAAUCAUAUAAUCUCCAAUGGGUGGAAUUAUGGGACAAGAUGCAGGAUUCGGAGCAACCAGUUAGUAAAUUCAGAAUCAAUAGCAAUGGGUAUAACCUUAAAGAAUAAUUGGAGGCUAAAAUAAUGAUUAGGGUUUGAACUAUCAAAAUCUUGGUGGCAGUUUUACUCCAACCAGUCUAGGCUAUCAUUAAAACUAGACUCUAAGUUUUAAUGCUCCUCCUGGAUUCCAGACAAAUUAAUAAAAGUAACCUGUUUCAAACAAAUAAAGUGAAGAAAACGUUCGAUACUUUUUGCCUGAUUUUAUAACAGAUGAGAUUGACUCUAAUGGUAAUACGAAUGAUAGUCAAUCACUGUUCUCAAACCCUUAGUUUCAUUAGAAUCCAUAAAAAACAAGCAGCUCAAAUUUAUUGAGAUUUAAUUCUGGAAAUACCUUUGGUGUCACGAAUAAUAUGCAUGCUUAAUUAUAAGAUUUUCAAUAAUAGAAUCCAAAUGGAUUUUCACAAAGCUAAGUAUUUAAUAUGCAAAACCAAUUCGUACCCUAGAAUGUUAAAAUCUGUAAACAUUGCAAUCAAGUCAUUCAGCCAAAUGAACAAAAUGCUACUAUAGAUGUUCCUAUGUAAUAAGUACCUUAAUAUUUUCACUUAAGAUGCUUGCAAAUGGCGAACUACUAAAAUUAGGUUAAUCCAAUACCAAGACCUAUGUUAUCUUAAUUAGUUCAGCUUACACCAGAUAUGUUGAUCUUUGACUUCUAGCUCUUGCAUCCUAUGACUUUGACUACCGUAUUUCAACUACAGAACUAAUCACCUAACUACUUUAUUGACAGAAAUAAGCAUCUUAUUACAUUCAAUAAACUCCUCUGCAGCUCAACCAGUGUUCCUUUUAAUAUUGCAAUAGUAAACUUGAAGUGGGAUUUUUUAAGAGAUCCUUAGGCAAUAAGAGAUUAACUAAAUCCACUAGAUCCUUAAUUCUAAAUAAAACUGGCUAAUUUACCAUAAAAACCGUUGACUAAUAAUGUUAUUUAAGGUCAGAUAAAUUUUAUCGACAUGCUUUCUCACAAUGAGAAGAAUGUUACAAUCACUCUCUAAGCUAAAACUCAAGAUUAAUUUGUAAUUAACAUGCAAAACUAGAGAGAACCAACUUUACAUCUAAAUUUUCAUUAUACUCUAUUUUCAGAUUAGCAAUAUACCUAGUAGAUUGAUGCUUAAGCUUAAGUAACUCCUCCAUCUGUUUCACAGUCUCACCUCAUUAGGAAUUUAUAUAUGAGCUUUAUAAUUUCGCUUAACGACUUUGAAAUUCUUAAACAGGAGACUUAGAGACUUAUUCAGAUUAACCCAGCUCUCAUCUAACUUUUAAAAUAACCUCAAAGUCCCACUGAAGAGCACUAAAAGUUUUAAAUUACUACCAGCAGUUCAUCACUUCAUUAGAUAUUCUAAGGAAACCAAGGAUCAGCUUAAGGUAAUUUAGUAGCCCAAAUGAAUGAGCUAGCAAUAGGCUAAAAUAAUCUCAAUGCUGUUUCCCCUAUGAAUAGUAAUAUUGAUUAGCAGGACUCCUUUUUGAAGAUAAAUAAUUCUCAUCAUAAAACUAACAGUCACAAUAAUAGUUUCGACAAUUCUAAUUCUUCUAUUGACAACACAGAGGAGGAAAAAGGUGAAGGUUCAAGCAAAUAGUUAUUCAAGUCUAUGACAAUGAAGGAAAAAGCACCAUAUAGAAUAGAAAGAACAAAAUUUGGUAUUGAGAUUUGCAGUUUAUAAGAAAAUGAAACUGAAGAAAAUACUAACGGAGUCAAUAGAAGUGCCACUACAGAUAGACUUGAGGUUAUGGACGAUGAGAGCUUAAUGAAUCAUCUUAAUAACGUCGGAGUUAGACAAUAAUCCUCUGACUAAGAUAUUAAUCAGCGAAGAUCAAGUGAGCUGUCUAAUUAAUCAGCACAGAAUAUCUUAAACGACUUGAAUUAAAGUUCAAAUCAGCAAUAGAAUAAUUUUUUAAACCCAAAAGUAGCAAGAAGAAAGAAGGACUCAAAAGAUACUAAUAAAAAGAGUACAAAGAGUUCCAAAAACUCUUAAAACUCGAAGAAUUCUUCAUAAGAACUCAGAAGUAGCUACAGUAAGGGAUCUUCUAGCUCUAGAGAAUUAGAUAGUUCCGCUGACUUAAAUGAGGAAAGCCAAUAGCUAUAAAGUGAGUUAAAGGGUCAAAUUGUUGAGAUGGCCAGAUAGUAAUAUGGAUCGAAAUAAUUACAGAAACUAUUAGCAAAGGCAUCCCCCGACUUUGUAGGCUUUGCAAUUGAGGAGAGUCUCUACCAUCUUCAUUAGUUAAUGGCAGAUUAAUAUGGAAAUUACUUUUGCUAGAAACUCAUGUAGAGUUCAAGUUCAGCUUAAAGACUCAGAAUUUUAAAUGUAUUGAGACCUCACAUACUUGAGAUUUCCUGUGAUAAGAAAGGAACUCACUCAAUGUAAUGCUUAAUUGAGAUGAUAAACAUGCCAGAUGAAGAGGAGGAACUAAAAUAAGGUAUAAAGACCCAUAUUGUAGAAUUGGCCUUCGAUACAAAUGGUACUCAUGUUUUACAAAAGGUUUUACUUUGCCUAAAGGAGGAAAACAUUGAUUUUAUAUUCUCUCCUGUUCUCAAGAAUCUAAUUGAGCUCUCCAUGGACUAAAAUGGUCUUUGUGUUAUCAAGAAAAUUAUUAGUAAGGUUUAAGGUCACGAAAAAAAAAUUGCUCUAGGCGAGAAACUAAGCGAGAAUGUGGUGGAGCUUGUAUAAAGUCCUUAUGGAAACUAUGCUGUCCAGCAAGCUCUUGAGGUAAUAUAUAUAUUUCUUUUUAUUAAUUUUUAGAAAUGGGAUCUGCCAUAUUGCUAAUAGAUUUUUGACAAACUCGAACCUCAUUUAAUGUAGCUAUCAGUUUAAAAGUUCUCAUCUAACGUAAUUGAGAAAAUUUUAGAAAAGGCUGAGUAUGAUACAGUGGAGAGAUUCAUGAAACAAUUAUGCGAUACUGAAGUAAUGAAGAGUCUUAUCAAGAACAAUUAUGGGUUCUAUGUGAUGCAGAAGUUAGUUUAGGUGCUACGACGCCAUAAGGCAUCCUUGAACAAGGUAUAAAAUGCGAUAAAUGAAACCAUUCAAUAUGUCUCAGAUAGAAAUCUGAGAUAGAAAUGGUAAUAGCUAUUGAACUAAUGA